GCUUGGGGCUUCGCUGCAGCUUGGGCAGGCGGGAGAGGAGCAGAGCGGGCUUACCAUGGGGAAGCUGCGCCGACGGUACAACGUCAAGGGACGCCAGCAGGCGGCCCCUGGCCCCUCCAAAGGCGGCCCCGAUCCGCCCCCGGUGCGGCUGGAACUGGAAGGUAAGGGGACCUUGAAGGGCGUCGAUGCGAGCAACGCGCUCGUCCUGCCGGGGAAGAAGAAAAAGAAGGCCAGAGCCCCUCCCCUGUCCAAGAAGGAGAAGAAACCUCUAACCAAGAAAGAGAGGAAAAUGCUGCAGAAAGUCUUAGAACAGAAGGAAAAAAAGAGCCAGCGAGCGGAGAUGCUGAAGAAACUGAGCGAAGUUCAAGUUUCAGAAGCUGAGAUGAAACUCUUCUACACCACGUCCAAGCUGGGCACUGGAGACCGCAUGUACCACACCAAAGACAGGAAGCCCGACGAGGUCGCAGCCCCGGGACAGGAGAGGAUCAGCAGCCUCAGCGGGGCCCACCAGAAGCGCCGCCGCCAGCUGUCGGAAGAGGAGGACGCCGAGUCCUCAGAGGCGUCAGAGGCUGAUGAGGCCUUGGCCGCCGGGCAGGCGGAGUCUGGUGCAGGGACAGCGGCCACUCGUCUGCUGCCGGUGCCACCGGAGGCCAGGGGCGAGCACCCAAUGCCCAGUGACCAGCCCUGUCCAGCUGGAACCCCUGCUGCUCCACCCCUUUGGCCAGCAGCAGCCCCCACGCCAGCCAGGCCCCUGGCGAAGCCCGCCAUCUUCGUCCCUGUAGACCGCUGCCCCAAAAUGCAGGAAGAACGGCUGAAGCUCCCGAUUCUCUCGGAAGAGCAAGUGAUCAUGGAGGCAGUGGCUGAGCACCCCAUUGUCAUCGUGUGUGGCGAGACGGGCAGUGGGAAGACCACACAGGUGCCCCAGUUUCUCUACGAAGCUGGCUACAGCAGCGAGGACGGCACCAUCGGCAUCACGGAGCCGCGCCGAGUGGCCGCCGUGGCCAUGUCCCAGCGAGUGGCCAAGGAGAUGAACCUGUCAGAGCGGGUCGUCUCCUACCAAAUCCGGUAUGAAGGCAACGUGACUGAGGACACCAGGAUCAAGUUCAUGACGGACGGCGUCUUGCUGAAGGAAAUCCAGAAGGACUUCCUGCUGCUGAAGUACAAGGUGGUGGUCAUCGACGAGGCCCACGAGCGGAGCGUGUACACUGACAUCCUCAUCGGCCUGCUGUCCCGCAUCGUGUGUCUCCGGGCAAAGAGGAAGCUGCCGCUGAAGCUGCUGAUCAUGUCGGCCACACUGCGGGUGGAGGACUUCACCCAGAACCCGCGGCUCUUCGCCCAGCCGCCCCCCGUCAUCAAGGUGGAAUCCCGGCAGUUCCCGGUGACGGUCCACUUUAACAAGCGGACACCACUGGAAGACUACAGCGGUGAGUGCUUCCGGAAGGUCUGCAAGAUCCACCAGAUGCUGCCUGCAGGCGGCAUCCUGGCGUUCCUGACGGGGCAGGCCGAGGUGCACGCACUGUGCCGCAGGCUCCGGAGGGCCUUUCCACGCGCCCGGCGCCAGCCACCAGGAAAGGAAGCUCAGGAAGAUUCGGCAGAGGAGAUGCGGAGGUUUAAGAAGUCGCGGGCGAAGGCGAAGAAGGCGCAGGCAGCGACACUGCCCCACAUCAGUCUGGACAAUUACUCGGUGCUGCCAGCGGGCGAAGGUGUUGAGGACAGGGAGGCCGAGAUGGAUGACGAGGAGGCGGCCCUGGGCUCCGACCUGGACCUGGACCUGGGGGACGAGGGAGCGGAUGACGGUGAGCAGCCAGAUGCCUCCCUACCCCUCCACGUGCUCCCGCUCUACUCUCUGCUGGCCCCGGAGAAACAGGCCCAGGUCUUCAGGCCUCCCCCCGAGGGCACACGGCUGUGCGUGGUGGCCACCAACGUGGCCGAGACGUCCCUCACCAUCCCCGGCAUCAAGUACGUGGUGGACUGUGGGAAGGUGAAGAAGCGCUACUACGACCGGGUCACCGGCGUGUCCUCCUUCCGCGUCACCUGGGUCUCCCAGGCGUCCGCUGACCAGCGGGCAGGCCGGGCCGGCCGGACGGAGCCCGGCCACUGCUACAGGCUGUAUUCGUCUGCGGUGUUCAGUGACUUUGAGCAGUUUUCUCCUCCUGAAAUCACUCGGCGGCCCGUGGAGGACCUGAUCCUUCAGAUGAAAGCACUGAAUAUCGAGAAGGUCAUCAACUUCCCCUUCCCAACCCCCCCUUCUGUGGAGUCCCUCAUCGCUGCCGAGGAGCUGUUGAUCUCUCUGGGUGCCCUGCAGGCACCCCCCAAAACAGAAAGGGUGAAGCAGCUGCAGCAGUCCCGGGUGAGCUGCCCCAUCACCCCACUGGGCAGGACCAUGGCCGCCUUCCCCGUGGCUCCCCGCUACGCCAAGAUGCUGGCGCUGAGCCGACAGCACGGCUGCCUGCCCUACGCCAUCACCAUCGUGGCCGCCAUGACGGUCCGGGAGCUGUUCGAGGAGCUGGACAGGCCCGCUGCCAGCGACGAGGAGCUCUCCAGGCUGAAGGGCAAGCAGGCCCGGGUGGCGCAGGUGAAGAGGGCCUGGGCCGGGCGAGGAGCAUCUCUGAAACUCGGGGACUUCAUGGUGCUGCUGGGCGCCGUGGGAUCCUGCGAGUUCGCUGGCUGCUCGCCCCAGUUCUGCGAAGCCAACGGGCUGCGGUACAAGGCCAUGAUGGAGAUCCGGCGACUGCGGGGCCAGCUGACCACGGCAGUCAACACUGUGUGCCCCGAGGCCGGGCUCUUCGUGGACCCCAAGAUGCAGCCGCCUUCCGACAGCCAGGUGACCUACCUGCGGCAGAUUGUGACAGCCGGCCUGGGCGACCACCUGGCUCGCCGGGUGCAGAGCGAGGAGCUGCUGGACGACAAGUGGAAGAACGGCUACAAGACUCCUCUCCUCGACGACCCUGUCUUCAUCCACCCCAGUUCCAUCCUUUUCAAGGAGCUCCCCGAGUUUGUGGUCUACCAGGAAAUCGUGGAAACCACCAAGAUGUACAUGAAAGGUGUCUCGGCCGUGGAGACGCAGUGGAUCCCGGCCCUCCUGCCCACCUACUGCCAGUUCAGCAAGCCCCUGGAGGAGCCACCUCCCUCCUACUGCCCCGAGAGGGGCCGGGUGCUCUGCCACCGGGCCAGCGUGUUCUAUCGGGUCGGCUGGCCGCUCCCUGCCAUCCAGGUGGAGUUUCCCGAGGGUGUUGACUGCUACAGGCACUUUGCCCGCUUCUUGCUGGAAGGGCAGGUCUUCCGCCCGCUGGCCACCUACCGAGGCUGUCUGCUGUCCAGCCCCAGCACGAUGCUGAAGACCUGGGCCAGGCUGCAGCCCAGAACAGAGAGUCUCCUGAGAGCCCUUGUGGCUGAGAAGGCAGACUGCCGUGACGCCUUGUUGGCUGCUUGGAAGAAAAACCCCAAAUACCUCCUGGCUGAGUACUGCGAGUGGCUCCCACAGGCCAUGCACACAGACAUCAGGAAAACCUGGCCCCCCACUGCCGACCACUGACCCCUGGGCAGCCGGCCCCGACCUGGGACGUUUUGUGACUGUUUCUUACACGAUGGAGAAUUUAAUCUCUGCUGGCUCCCCUUUGCAGUGGACACUUGGGGCUCUGUUAGUUGCUGAUAGAGCAGCGGCGGGGAGUGAAGCAGCGGGGAGCAGACCUGCUAUAAGCCCUUCCUCCACCUCACCCCCAGUCCCCCAGCCCCUGCUCAGAGAGCCCAGUGCAGCGCUUGGAGCACCUGCCUGCACUUCUUCCCUGAAACGUACGGGGGGGCCGCCGUGUACCUGCCGCUGGCUGGGGAGUCCCGAACGUCCACAGCCUUCUGUGAAGGAUGACCGCUGGAACCUUCCAGGGGCACGGCCAUAAGGGGCAGGACCUCGCUCUCCCCGACCGCGUGAGCUCCCACACUGCAGGACAGAUGUGACACGUCCUCGUCCCCUCUGCUCCGUGCCGCAGAGGACGUGGCUGCUGUCAGCUGAAGAGGGACCCCUGGGCCCCUGAGCCCCCUGGUCCUCUGAUGGCAGAAGAGGGAGGCAGAGGGGCAGAGGUAGGUCCCCAGGGGAGAAAGAGGGACAGGAGGGUCCUGGGGCAGAACCCAGGCCCCCUUCCCUUCCAACCUCCAUGGCAAGGGCCUGGGGCGUUCAGCUCUGACGCAGGGGGAGGCACAGAAUUAAAACCUUGUCCCAGGGACUUGGGGACGCUGUCUUCUGCCCAGCACUGGGCCCAUCGCUGCUCAGCACGGUCGGCACCCAGCCUGCCACCCCCCGCGGUCCUCGAUCCUGAGGGAGGCAUCACCCUCACUGGGCUUUCCUCCCUCCCAGGCCACUCUCAAGUCCUUGGCAGGGUCUGUCCCGGCGUCCCUGAGCUGAGGGCCCUGGCAGCUGCAGGCUCGCUUUGCCUGACCUGCACUGUGAUUGCCGAGAACGUGAAUCCUUCCUAACACUUAGAAUUGGGAUAUUUCCCUCUCCCAAGUCCAGAUCUCCAGCCUUUCUAGAAAACUCCAACUGCACAGGUGCUGGCAGCUCUGCCGCUAAGGGGAACAGAGAAGCUGUUCAACCACCCACCCCACGGUCCCUGACUUCCCUGCCCCUCCGUCCUGCUGACGCUCAGCAGCCACAGGAGAGAAAGAAUUGUAACUAGACAACUCUUCUUUUUUUUUAUUUUAUUUUUUAAUGAAAUGUAAUUAAUGUAAAAUAAAAUUCACAUUUUUAAAGUGUA